AUGGAAGUGGAUCCUCCGGAAUUGAGUGAGAAUGGAUCUACAUCGACAGUAUCUACCAGCAGCGGGGCAGACAGGGCGAAUGCCCGCCUAAAUGCUCUUGAGGAGAUUGAGAAAGCACUGCCCGGGACGUUCCCCGAGGACGUCCACUCGAUUGCCAAGAUCCUCCGAUCAAGCGGCGUGAGCGACUGCGAGCCCGCUGUGGUCAAUCAGCUGUUGGAGUUCAUGCAUCGGUACGUCUGCGAAGUGCUCGCCGACUCUCUGCUCUUCUGUGAGCACGCCGGACGACGGGACGCCAUUCAGGCCGACGACGUGCAGCUGGCCAUCAAGUACCGCGUGGACCACGCCUUCUCGGCCUUCUCACAACCGCCCUCGAUCGACUUCCUGCGCGAGAUGGCGCAGGACAUCAACAUCAUCCGCCUGCCGCCCAUCAACAAGCGAUUCGGCGUCAUGCUGCCGCCCGACCACUUCUGCCUCAACGAGACCAACUACCAGGUGGUCGUGUCCAAGAAGGGCACCGCGCCCGCCACAUCCACGUCAUCGAGUAGCUCUUCAACAGCACCGACGUCUGGCAGUGGUGGUAGCGGCUCGUCGUCAUCGUCAUCAUCAGAGCCCGCGUCGGCGCCCAUGGAGGACUCGUCGGCGGCCUUCCUCGAGGAGAUCGCGAGGAUGACUGCACCCAGGCCCAAGCCACCAAGUCGAGUGCAGUUCCCCGUGAGCCUAUCGAGCACCAUCACCUCCAUGUCGUCCGGCCUUCCCUCUGCCCUGCCUCUCAACUUCAACACAUAG